UAAUUAUAACCAGAAUGUCCGAGUCAAGCCGUGUCGGCUCAGCUUCUUCUUCAUUUCCUGAUCACUCCGAUUUUCAGAGCCCAACAAAGAGAAGAACAAGAAAAAGAUCAUGCCUUUUAACAGUGUCCUUUGUCAUCACUUUCCCGGUAGUGGUGGCUGCAGUUCUCUACCGGCUCGACCGGUUCGAACCGGCUCAGUUCCCGGUCGACGAGUUGAGCCGGCGAACCGUGACCGUUCCUGCUCGAAACUCGCGCAUGCGAAAAGGAUCCGAAGUUGUUGCGAUGGGAGAGGUGUCGGGACCCGAAGACUUGGCUUACGAUAAGGAGAGUGGUGUCAUCUACACGGGUUGUGAUGAUGGGUGGAUCAAGCGAGUCACGGUGAAGGAUUCCGCGUCUGACUCGGUUGUUGAAAACUGGGUCAACACGGGUGGAAGACCACUUGGACUUGCUUUUGGAAAAAACGGUGACAUCAUAGUUGCCGACGCCAAUAAGGGACUGGUGAGAGUGACAAGGGAAAAGAAGGUUGAGGUGCUGGCAGAUGAGGUUGAGGGCUUGAAAUUCAAAUUAACAGAUGGUGUUGAUGUAGCAGAUGAUGGUAAUAUAUAUUUCACAGACGCUUCAUACAAAUACAACGUAAAGGAUUACGUCUUUGACAUCUUAGAAGGCAAACCUCAUGGUAGAUUCAUGAACUAUAAUCCAGCAACAAAGAACGUAACCUUGCUUGCCCGUAACCUCUACUUUGCCAAUGGAGUUGCAGUCUCACCAGAUCAAAAUUUCGUGGUCUUCUGUGAAACUGUCCUGAGGAGGUGCAGAAAGUUUUACAUACAGGGUCCUAAAAAAGGAUUGAUAAGUGAAUUUUGUCGUGACCUUCCUGGCAUGCCGGAUAAUAUUCAUUAUGUUGGGGGAGGGAAGUAUUAUAUUGGCAUGGCCACGUCCUUAACUAGUGAAUUGGAUUUAGCACUUAGAUACCCAUUCAUUCGGAAAGUUGCUGCAAUGGUUGCAAAGUAUAUAGGAAGAGUACAAGUAGAGAAGAGUGGAGGAGUUCUAGUUGUGGAUCUGGAAGGAAAACCAAAAGCACACUAUUAUGAUCUCGAAUUAUCAUUAAUUGCAAGUGGGAUCCCAAUUGGAAAUCAUAUAUAUUGUGGCUCCAUUACGUAUCCCUUUAUAAUACGUCUUGAUGUGGAUAAAUAUCCUGCCCUUCCCUCAAAAUGA